UGAUGAAAUUAAGGUUCAGCCCAGUCAACUGAGAGAAUCUGCAGAAGGAAAUGGAAGAAUUUAUGAAGAGCAAAGGCUGUUAGAAGAAAGUUUUACUAUUCACUUGGGAGCUCAGUUGAAGACCAUGCAUAACUUGAGAUUACUGAGAGCCGAUAUGCUGGAUUUCUGUAAACAUAAGCGCAAUCAUCGAAGUGGAGUAAAACUUCACAGACUUCAAACUGCAAUGUCUCUCUAUUCAACUUCUCUCUGUGGCCUGGUUUUAUUGGUAGAUAACCGUAUCAGUUCAUAUAGUGGCAUCAAAAGAGAUUUUGCAACUGUAUGCCAAGAAUGCACGGAUUUCCAUUUUCCUGGAAUUCAAGAACAGCUUGAAAUUGUCCAGAAGGUUGUACUUAAGGCCAGAACACAGCGUAGCAGUAAGUCAAAAAGACAUCAUGAAAACAAAACUAGUGGAAAUGAAGAUAAACUAAAGAAUAUUGAACGAAACCAGUCAAAUAUUUUUCCGGGAGAAUUCUACAUCACACGCCAUUCAAAUCUUUCUGAAAUUCACGUUGCUUUUCACCUCUGUGUGGAUGAUAAUGUACGAUCUGGUAACAUAACUGCUCGGGAUCCUGCAAUCAUGGGACUCAGGAACAUUCUCAAAGUUUGCUGCACACAUGACAUUACUACUGUUAGUAUUCCCCUCCUGUUGGUGCACGAUAUGUCAGAAGAAAUGACCAUUCCAUGGUGCUUGAAGAGGGCGGAGCUCGUAUUCAAGUGCGUCAAAGGUUUCAUGAUGGAAAUGGCCUCAUGGGAUGGAGGAAUUUCUCGGACUGUACAAUUCUUGGUACCACAGACAAUUUCUGAGGAAAUGUUUUACCAACUGAGUAAUAUGCUCCCACAAAUUUUCAGAGUGUCCUCUACACUGACUUUGACCUCUAAGCACUGAGUUUUGUGUAGCAUUACGAUGUAUCCUGUUGACAAAGGAUGAGAUUACAGAGAUUCUGGACGGGCAUGUCUCUUUUCUGAGGGAUGAUGACCCAGAAGUGGUAUUUGUUGCAAUUUCAGGAAUCAUG